AUGCCCUCAGUGCCGAAGACACCUUUCACCCAUGAGUCAGUCAGGAUGUUCCUUUGUCCCUGUGAGGAUAUACAGGGAGUGACCACAGAGGAUGGUCGAUGCGGAGGUAUUGGAUAUCCAACAUUACAUGACAACCAGCAACAUAGUACUGUUCACGCUGCCGACAUUAAAUAUCAACUUGCCAUUCCUACUACUGCUGCGACUAAUGCAUCUCUAACGUGCCCUAAUGGCUAAUCGAAAACCACUUUAAUAGAUUAAUAUUCCUUCCUGAUUGGACGUCGGAUAUGCGUCGUUUAAUUUCAGUUCCGGCGAUCUGAUGAAUUUUCCAUCUCAACUGGAGAAGAGGAAAGGGCACCUGUCGUUAAUUUACAAUAUUCAUAAGGCAAUAACAAUAGCGAAUAUAAUACUUAACAACAGGAAUAACAAAACAUCAUUCAGUUCAACACCAGGCAUUAUUAACAAACACCAAGACAAGCG